GAGGCCUCAUUCUUGAAUAAAAGGAGAGAGAACUUAGAAGACUUUGGAGAGAUAAUCUUCCCAGUUCUUCAACAUCAUUGAAAAUUUCACCUUCUUCCUUUCCUUUCCUUCCGUAUAUAUUGUAUAAUUCUGAUAUAAUCAAUUACCAGACGUUUAUUAGUGGUUGGUCGGGCCCUUUUCAUCAUCAAGGAUUUUAUAUAUACUUCUUGAGCCAGUUGGUUUUUGUAAGUCGCAGUCAGAUAUUUAUCGAGUUUUUGGGAGUGAGAGAUUUGCGUAAGUAAAAAUGCAAAGCCGGGAAAAUGACGACAACCACCACCACAAUCACCGCCACCAUCACUCCGACACGGAGAUCAAUGACAGCACAUCAUACAGCGGUCCAUUAAGUGGACCGUUGAACAAGAGAGGAGGUCGAAAGAGUGCAAGAUUCAACCUGCCCGACUCCACCACGGCCAAUAUCGGCGGUGGUGGAGGUAGUAGUGGUGGGAGUAGUAGUGGGAGUGUCAAGUUCAACGAUGAUACCUACGUCGAGAUCACCCUCGAUAUUCGUGACGACUCGGUGGCGGUUCACAGCGUCAAAACUGCCGGUGGAGCUGACGUAGAAGAUCCCGAGCUGACAUUGCUGGCAAAAGGUUUGGAAAAAAGAUCUUCUUUUGGUUCAUCUGUGGUACGGACUGCUUCGUCUAAGAUUAGACAAGUGUCCCAAGAGCUUAAACGAUUGGCUUCAUCCUCGAAAAGAUCAACUCCGGUGAGAUUUGAUAGGACUAAAUCAGCAGCAGCUCAUGCUCUCAAGGGACUCAAGUUCAUCAGCAAGACCGACGGUGGUGCCGGGUGGGCCGCCGUGGAGAAGCGGUUCGAUGAUCUCACCGCCACCACCAAUGGCUUGCUUCCUCGUUCACUCUUUUGUGAAUGCAUAGGGAUGAACAAGGAGUCAAAAGAGUUCGCCGGAGAGCUAUUUGAUGCACUUGGACGGAGACGGAAUAUUACAGGUGAUUCGAUAAACAAGGUUCAGCUAAGGGAGUUUUGGGACCAAAUCUCCGAUCAGAGUUUCGAUUCUCGGCUUCAAACGUUCUUCGACAUGGUGGAUAAAGACGCAGAUGGAAGAAUCACAGAAGAAGAAGUCCGAGAGAUUAUUAGCCUAAGUGCUUCUGCGAACAAGUUGACGACUAUUCAAAAACAAGCCGACGAAUAUGCAGCACUGAUCAUGGAGGAGUUAGACCCCGACCAUCUAGGAUAUAUCAUGAUUGAAAAUCUGGAGAUGCUAUUAUUGCAAGCACCAAACCAUUCAGUAAGAGGAGAAAGCAAGAACUUAAGCCAAAUGCUGAGCCAGAAGCUUAAGACCACAAUAGACCAUAACCCAAUCCGGAGGGGUUAUCAAGAUUGCAAGUAUUUCAUACAGGAUAAUUGGCAAAGGGUGUGGGUGAUGGCACUCUGGAUAGGGGUCAUGGUCGGACUAUUUGCUUACAAGUAUGUUCAGUACAAAAAUAGAGCUGCGUAUGAUGUAAUGGGUGCUUGUGUUUGCCUGGCCAAGGGCGCGGCGGAGACGCUGAAGUUGAACAUGGCAUUGAUUUUACUUCCGGUGUGCCGGAACACCAUCACUUGGCUGAGGAACAAGACUAAGUUGGGUGUUGCUGUUCCUUUUGAUGACAACCUCAAUUUCCACAAAGUAAUUGCAGUGGCAAUUUCAAUUGGGGUUGGGAUACAUGCAAUUUCCCACUUAACAUGUGAUUUUCCCAGGCUUAUGAAUGCAAGCCCUGAAAAGUAUGCUCCCAUGGAGAAAUAUUUUGGGAAACAGGCCACAAGCUACUGGCACUUUGUGAAGGGAGUGGAAGGGGUGACUGGGGUCAUAAUGGUGGUGUUAAUGGCCGUAGCUUUCACCCUAGCAACGCCGUGGUUGCGGCGGAGCAAAGCCAACAUACCCAAACCUCUUAAGAAGCUCACCGGAUUCAAUGCCUUCUGGUAUUCCCACCACUUGUUCAUCAUUGUCUACACCCUUCUCAUCGUUCAUGGUAUCAAGCUUUAUUUGACCCAUGAAUGGUACAAGAAAACGACGUGGAUGUACUUGGCAGUUCCCAUCACACUUUACGGCGGCGAAAGAUUGAUCAGAGCAUUCAGGUCUAGCAUCAAGCCUGUUAAGAUACUAAAGGUGGCUGUUUAUCCUGGAAAUGUGCUGGCACUUCACAUGUCAAAGCCUCAGGGCUUCAGAUACAAGAGUGGGCAAUAUAUGUUUGUCAACUGUGCUGCUGUUUCACCUUUCGAAUGGCACCCAUUUUCCAUUACUUCUGCCCCUGGAGAUGAUUAUCUGAGUGUUCAUAUUCGAACUCUGGGCGAUUGGACACGACAACUCAGAACUGUUUUCUCAGAGGUAUGCCAACCACCACCUAAUGGAAAAAGUGGACUCCUCAGGGCCGACUGCUUGCAAGAAGAGAACAACCCAAAUUUUCCAAGGGUGUUGAUCGAUGGUCCAUAUGGAGCACCAGCACAAGACUACAAGAAAUAUGAAGUAGUCUUAUUGGUGGGGUUAGGAAUUGGGGCAACACCCAUGAUCAGCAUUGUCAAGGACAUAGUGAACAACAUGAAGGCCAUGGAUGAAGAAGAUAAUGCUUUAGAAAGCGGAAAUGGAACACCUAUUGCUGGUAGUCCAUUACCAACCUCUACCAGUCCGAUAACCUCGAAGCGAAAAUCCGGGGCGAGUAUUGGCAGUAACUUCAAAACAAGGAGAGCAUACUUUUACUGGGUCACAAGGGAGCAAGGGUCAUUUGACUGGUUUAAGGGAGUGAUGAAUGAGGUUGCUGAAAUGGAUCACAAGGGAGUAAUAGAGAUGCACAAUUAUUGCACUAGCGUUUAUGAGGAGGGUGAUGCCCGUUCUGCCCUUAUUACUAUGCUUCAGGUUCUGAACCAUGCCAAGAAUGGUGUCGACAUUGUGUCUGGGACUCGGGUUAAGUCUCACUUCGCCAAGCCUAACUGGCGCAAUGUCUACAAGCGUAUUGCCCUCAAUCACACAGAUUCCAGAGUUGGGGUGUUUUAUUGUGGGGCUCCAGCACUAACAAAGGACCUAAGACAGCUAGCUUUGGAUUUCUCUCACAAGACCUCCACCAAAUUUGAUUUUCACAAGGAAAAUUUUUGACCAAAAAGGAUGAGAAAUAAGAGCUAAUGACCUCUACAAAGUCCUACAGUCUCCAAUACCUCCCCCGUCCCCCCCCCCCAAAAAAAAAAAAAAAAAAAACUCUCUCUCUCCCCCACCAUGUACAGAGAUUCUAGCCGAACAAGUUGAUUUUUGUCUCUUCUAGGAUAGUUUUAUAAUCCGAAUAAGUAGAAUUAUUGGUAGUGUAAUGGUGGUAAAGCUGUAAGGCAGAUCGGGGCAAAAGAUAGUGGAAUUGGUCCUGUUUGGAUAGAGGACCACCCACAAUCACUAAGCUUGGAUUAUAGAAUUAAACCGGGUUCGGCAUCGGUCUCAUGACAAGGCGUCAUCAUUGCGUGAGCAAUGGUAGUGGUUGUGGUCCUAUUCGAUUACUGUUUUUUUCCUUUUGGAUGAAGUAUAAAGGAAAUGGAGGGGUAGUGGUGGGAAUUGAGAAUACCAACCACCAACCAAAAUGUUGACUCUGCAAUGUUUAUGUGUUCGAUAUGUUUUGAGAAUAAUGAUACUACUUACUGUGUAUUUGAACAAGAAGGCCUAAUUAAAUGUAUAGAGUGCUGAACCGAUUGUUUCUUUCUUUUGACAACUUGUUUGAUUUUCGUUGAUACUUUCAUGUACAAUUAUAAAUGAA